UUGCAGAAUGACAGUGCUGAGUUUGAUUGGGCUGCCUUGAUGUGUUGCUUGAAAUAAGUACAUCGUGGAGAGAUGGCGUCGCUGUCAUCUCCUCUGAGAAUCUGUAGAGAAAUAUUAAAAGAGUUACGUGCCAUUCAAGGACCGAGUUACAAACAGUCGCUGGCUUACAACUAUGUUUUAGAUCAAUUUCGCAAGAAUAAGGUUACAGGGGAAAGGUACUGCCGAGCCCAACAGGAGGCGCGCCACGCAUCGCUCACAUACCUGUGUUUGCUAGUGUCCACCAGGAACCACCUGGCCCUGCAUAACCUCUACCAUGGCAAGGGAGAGCGCAGCCCUGAAGAGGUGGCCGGCCUAGUGGGGCUCAGGCUGCCCACACAGCCUGGAGGGAAAGGCUGGGAGAAGUGAGGACAUGGGAAUGUCAGUCCGUGGGAGAAAAUCCUGAAACUCUCCUGGUAUUACCUGUGUGAAUAGCUGUUGUAUCUGGUCUCAUACAGCUGGCCUCACGUAAUUUAAACUACAUAUAUGUAGUUGACCAGGGUCUGCUGGUUGUGACACUGUCGAAUGAGGAAACCUGACUUCAUUCUGUUGAGCAACCAUUGUUCAAAGUGAAGGAAAAUAUGUGAACUGAUAAAAGUUUCAUCUAAAAUCAAACCCUUGUUGAUACAGCCUUUGUUUUAGUUGUGUUAAUGUCUAAUAGCAGCUCAUCAAUAACACUGAAUAUACCAUCACUUGGUGCAUGUCUCUCAUUUCAAGUUAAUCACCUGAACAGUUGGUGCAAAGGUUAGAAUAACUGGCUGUGUUUAAGUAUGUGUAUGAAUGAACAGGCUAAAAUAAAUGUCAAUCUUUAUGU